UUGCGACAAAAGAAAUCCUGUCAAAGGGCGCCAGAUAGUAGAUAGAAAAAAAAAACUACAGUUAUAUAAUCCAGUUUAAUGCGUAAGAGCGAUUGAUGUGGAUAUUGGGUGUCUUAUCGGUGUUGUUGUUCCCGUCAAUCGUUUUAUUAUUGAGCUAUUACGUUCUGACUUUCGUGCCGACCACCGGUUUUGGUCGAUUUACGAGCCGACCUUGCUGAACACGGCAACACACGACGCCAAUCGUUGACACACAACUUUGUACCACUAAACCAGUGACCAGUACCAGUUCGACAUGGCUGAGGUGGAAGAGUUCGUCGACUUGUUGGCCGGAAAAAGGGAUAUUAUAAAACAAGAGUUCAAAAGACUUCAAGAAUAUUGCUACUUAGAUCAUACUGGGUGUGCUCCUUAUCCCUCAUCACUUAUAGCAAACUGUUUGAAAGAUCUGACUGAAAAUGUUUACAGUAACCCACAUUCAAACAGUAUUACGAGCAAACUCUGUUCAGACUCUAUCGAUCAAGUUCGCUUCAAAAAUGUAUGUUUAUAGAAUUUUGAACCACUUUAACACAGAUCUAAAUGAGUACAGUGUGAUUUUCACAUCUGGGGCGACUGCUGCGCUUAAGCUAGUGGCAGAUUCAUUUUGCUGGAGUGACAUAAUUGACAGUGAUGAGUGGCAGCCAAAAGAAUUUUCAAAUGAUUGCGGAGAUUUUGUAUAUAUGGAGGAUAACCACACAUCGGUCCUUGGGAUGAGGGAAGUUGUGACAGGAAACGGAGCCAAGAUCCAUUGCCUGCCUCAUUCAACUGCAACUGAUACAUUCUCUAAUGGUACAUCUUACACAAAUUUCAACAGGUUCAAGUCGAACUCCUUGUUUGUUUAUUCUGCCCAAUGUAAUUUUUCUGGUGUGAAAUAUCCACUUGAUUGGAUUGAAAAAGUGCAUCAAAACAUCUUAGAAGGGACAACAGGAAAGAGAAGUAAUUGGUACUGUAUGCUAGAUGCGGCAACAUAUGUCUCAACAAACAAACUGGACUUGGGAAAAUAUAAACCGGAUUUCAUCUGUAUUUCAUUCUACAAACUUUUCGGGUACCCGACCGGCUUGGGCGCCCUUCUUGUUAAAAACACAAGUGCCAAUGUAUUGUAUAAAAAAUAUUAUGGCGGAGGUACUGUUCUGAUAGCGCUGAGCUGCCAGAGCCGUCACGUUCCUAAACCUGUUAUUCAUGAAAGGUUUGAGGAUGGCACAUUAAAUUUCCUUUCAAUAUUGUCUUUAAAUCAUGGUUUUUCAUCAUUGUAUGAUAUGGUUGGCAGUAUGGACACUGUUUCAAGGUACUGUUUUAACCUUGCAAAGUAUGCAUUUAAUUCUUUGCUUAAGUUGCAUCACUCCAAUGGGAAUCCUGCUGUCCAUUUGUAUACCGAUUCAGCCUAUGAUGACAUCACAACACAGGGAAAUAUUGUAAAUUUCAAUUUGCUAAGGGCAAACGGCGAUUACAUUGGUUAUGCUGAGGUUUUGAACAUAGCUAAUCUACAUAAUAUUCAAUUGAGAACAGGCUGCUUUUGCAAUCCUGGUGCAUGCAGGAGGCAUCUAGGCCUGACAUUAACUGAUAUCAAGAAGCAUUAUCAGUCUGGUCAUGUUUGCGGUGAUGACAAUGAUUUGGUAAAUGGCCAGCCAACCGGUUCAGUAAGGGUAUCGUUUGGAUAUUACACAACAAAAGAAGACAUCGACUAUUUCAUUUCUGUCCUACGAAAGUGUUUUGUCAAAGAGCCAGCCGUUUUUAAAAUGCCCGCACUUUGGACUUUCAUUGCUUCAAAUCUGAAGAAGAAGUUUGGAAAGUCAAAGGAUAAACUCCUGCCGAUCGAAACAAUUGAAGCAAUGAAAUACAUUUACUACUGGUAUUCAGACAAUCUGACCUGGAGCCCACAGAUAGAUAGUCAACAAGAAAUGGUUCUAGAGGAGAAAUAUAAUAAUAAGAGUGAAGUUUAUAUUUCUGAUAUUUUUGUUUAUCCUAUCAAAUCGUGUGGUCGAUACAAAGUAAGGAAAUGGGAAUUGGAUUCUAAAGGAUUGAUGUAUGAUCGACAGUGGAUGAUUACAAAUUCAUACGGUGUUGCCUUGACUCAGAAAAGGGAGCCACGAAUGUGCCUGAUCAAGCCUGUGAUCGACACGACAUUGGGUAAACUUCAUCUGACCUCUGAAGGGUUUGAAAAUGUCAGUGUUGACUUAGAAUACCAAUCUGUGAUGAGCACAGCAGAGGCAUCUUUCUGCCAAAGUAAAGUUUGCCAGGAUAGAGUGCAGGGUGUCGACUGCGGGGAUGAGGUUGCUAAUUGGCUGUCAAAAGUCCUCGGUAAACAAGGGCUUAGGCUGAUUAGACAGGUACCCGAAGACACAAGGGCUCAUAAAACAAAUAAAGGUGAACUUUCCCUUGUGAAUCAGGCACAGUACUUACUUAUCAAUAAGAAAAGCGUCGACUGGUUGGGUGAGCUUUUAGAUGAAAACAGUGAUUGUCCUAAGGAAAGUAUGAUACACAGAUUCCGAUGCAACUUUGUAGUGACAGGCUUGAAGAAUGAAUUUGAAGAGCAGGAAUGGCAGCAAGUUAAAAUUGGCGGAACGUUAUUCAAUGUCGAUGGGCUGUGCAGUCGUUGUCAGAUGAUUUGCAUAAAUCAAGACACCGGGAAGAAAACGAAAGAGCCACUGACCACACUGUCCGCAUCAAUGCAAGGAAAGCUGAAAUUUGGAAUUUACCUGUCAAAAGUGAGCAACACAAAGUGCGUUCUUGCCGUUGGGGAUUCCUUGGAAAUCGUCUUAUAGCCCAGAGGACUUAUAGAAAAUCGAAAAAAAAAAAAAAAUGGCUGAAUUCUACAGGGCGAUUUAUAUCCCCUUGUAAAUUUGUAACUAACCAGAGACAGCGAUAGUACUUUUUUAGUAAAACUUUUUGUAAAAUAUGGUUGUUGUUUACUUUGGAUUCCUCUGGAUUCCUGAUGGUUGUAAACAACAAUUUGUGAGUAGAACCAUAUUUUGCAAAAAGUGAAUCUACUUACCCCACCUUCAUCAUUUCUAAUUUUUAAUAAUGCAUUCACUCAGUAGUACUGUACAAAAUCAAAAUGGCACGAUUGGGAAGUCUGUGAUAAUUGUAGUCUUGUAGUAAUUUAAUACCAAAUUGCACACAAAAUAGAUGUUUGACACAUAUAACAAAAUUUAACAGCAGAGUAAAUAUGAAAGUAAUAAUUUUGAAAGCAAUGAUAUGAAUUUAACAUUUUUGUUUUGUUUUAACCGAUAAAAUAUUCUGUUAAAUAAAUUUAAAAAGAGUGCCGGAAGCUGCAAUGGUUAAGGCAUUGACACGGUAACUCAUCAUUAGAAAGUCUUGGGUUCGAAUCUCAGCUGCCCUGAAUUUGGUCUCUAUGUACUUCCUAAAGGGUGUUUUCAAUGGAAAAACCCUGGAACACUGGGGACUGAUAUCUCUUGUGUUGCAGCUCCAUUAAAAUAUUUAAUAUACAUGAAAUAAAUUAUUUAAUG